GUGACCAUUCCGAGACGCUAGGGGCGCUGUCUCUCUAACUCCACACUGGCAUAUUGUACCACUUUAAUGACGUAGCGAAAAAAUAAUACAAAUCUGAGUGAGGUAUCGGUGGCUCGGUUUUCAGUAGGAAUGGAUAAAUUAAACUGUUCUUUUCUUCCACGCUUUCAACCAACCCUUUUAUUAUUGCUAUCGUGUAUAUUUGGGUUGUCACUCGGUACGGAGCUGAGUUUUGUGACAUGCGGGUCAGUCGUUAAACUGUUAAAUCUAAAGCACAAUGUGAGACUACACUCCCACGACGUACGCUACGGGUCCGGUAGCGGGCAGCAGUCUGUAACAGGGGUUGUUGCAGUGGAAGACAGUAACAGCUACUGGAGUGUUCGUGGGACAAGUGACGCCUUCUGCCAUCGGGGUACCCCAGUAAAGUGUGGACAGACGAUCCGCCUCACCCAUGUCAACACAGGCCGAAACCUGCACAGCCACUACUUCACCUCCCCGCUGUCCUCUAACCAGGAGGUGAGUGCUUUUGGUGAGGAAGGGGAGGGGGACCACCUGGACGAGUGGACAGUUCAAUGUGGCGGAUCCGUGUGGAAACGCGAGGAGGCUGUCCGCUUCCGUCACAAGGCCACUGACGCGCUACUGUCUGUGACAGGGGAGCAGUACGGACGGCCGAUCCACGGUCAGAGGGAAGUUCACGCCAUGUCGAGCCCCAGCCAGCACAGCUUGUGGAAGGCCAUGGAGGGCAUCUUCAUGAAGCCCAGCGAGAGCCCGGCAGGCAGCCGAGACUACAGUCACCCUCACACAGAGUUCUGAGCUUUUCUUCUCCCCUCCUGUCUCUUCUCAUUUUCCUCCCUGUCUACCUCUGUUUUCCUACCUCUGUCCCUAAUUACAUCUGUACCAGCAUCCUCCAAACGCAUCUCUGUCCCCUGCUAUCUUGUCCCAUUCUUCUCUUUCAUUAACCUUUGACUGUCAUCUUUUGAAGAGACUGUGCCAAAGUCUGUCAUGCAUCAGGCUACAAUUACUUCAUCUUAUCAGUCCAACCUCUCUGACAUACAGUAGUGUUUUUUAAAUUUCAUCUACAAAACAUCUGUGGAGAUUAAUGUGGAAAAGCUAUUGAAUCUUCCAGCAGCUAACAUUAUCUGAAUAACACUAUAAUUUGCCUUAACAGGUACAAGAAUACACAAAGGUGUUAAAAAUGCAGUUUUACUGUGUAUUGUUACUCAUUACUAUGACACUUGGUAACACUUUACAUCCAAGAAGAGGUUUUCCUCUCAGCUGUUAUUUGUUGUUAAAUAACUGCUGUUUUUUGGGCUAAAAAAAAAAAAACAUUGUUACACUUGUGCCUUUCUCUUGUUUUGUUUUUUUAAAGAAGUAGUAGGUGUUUACAUUGUGGAGCCUUUUAAACCUUGGGAAGCGUAAGAAUUUUGUUGUGUUUUUAUGGUAUUUGUAAGCCAUAUUCUAUUUACACAAUAAUAAGCAGUGUUACUAUGGUAAAAUACCUUUUCUUCCCUUUAAGUCAGAUUCAGUGUAGCAUAUAAAUGAUCCCACACUAACUGACAUGAGAGAAUAAGCAGUUUUGUCUCUGGUGUUUUUUUUAUUUUUAAGUUGCAUCACUUAGCUGGAUGCUGUUUAUUGUCAUCGUUCAAUCGGUUUCCAAGUGCUGGGAGACUGUUUUUACGCUCAUGCUGUCUGUGUAUGCAUGUGUGUUAGAUCAACUCUUUAGUUUUAGAGGUUCAUGUGAUCAACAAAGCUGCGAUGAAUACCUCACAUUAAAAAGAUUUUCUUUUUUUUUUUGCA